AUGAACUCAGGUGGCAAUAUUCACACUUUUGGAUUUUGGGUUGAGCUCAUUGGUCCCCUCAUUCCAUCCAAUUUCCUUUCAUUGCUCCAUUCUUUUCACACUACACAUACAGUAGUAACCAUUUUAGAGAGAGUUAGUUUUAGCAAAUUAGACAAGAUUUUGUUAGGCAUAUAUUGUUUCAGCACAAUCCCAUCAACAACACCAGCAUACCAUUCUCUACCUCUAGGGUCCUACUUUGAUCUACAUAAGCCACUUCUAUAUUCCAAACCAUCCAAAUUCACCUCUCUUGUAAUCAAUGGCCAUAGAAGGAUCUGUGAUCUCUUUGAUUUGCAUCAGGAGCAAGUCCCUUAUGAAGUGGCAUGGUCUUGGCAAAAGGAAAUACUCAAGGACAAGAGGGCACAAAUUGAAAAGAAAGGAGAUUGUAAUGACACCCUUAUUAUUCUACAACAUUCUCCUGUUUAUACAUUAGGCACUGCUAGUAUUGUGGAGAUCCUCAAGUUUGACAUGAAAAAUGCUCCUUUUAAUAUUUAUCGCACUGUGCGUGGUGGAGAGGUUACAUACCAUGGUCCUAGGCAGCUAGUCAUGUACCCAAUUAUCAACCUACGAACGCACAAUAUGGAUCUUCAUUUGUACCUUAGGAUUCUUGAAGAGGUUGUCAUUCGUGUUCUUUCUUCAACAUUUUCUAUUCAGGCUUCUACGGUGGAAGGUUUAACUGGUGUUUGGGUUGGUAAACCUCUAAAUUCUAUUUAUAUAACACUUGUAGUUUCGUAUUUUUGGUUCUGCACAACCUGCCCUGAUUCUGAAUUAUCUUGGUUAUUACACAUUAGCAGAUAAUAAAUGUUUUGCCUUGGAUUGUAUUGUUUAACUCUAAAGUAUUUUCACAUAUGAUCCAAUAAGAUCUUUCUCUCUUAGCUAUAAUAUUUGUGUCCAUUUCAUGUGACAUUCCCUCAGGGAUUUUUGAGAUGAUAAGAUGUUAGUAUCAUCCAUAAAUUUCAAAUUAAAUCAAGAUUACAAACAGUUACAUUUCUAGUAUUCAGCAAAACGGAUGAGACUUCUACUGUGAAAUAAGAUUAUACAACACAUUUGAUUAUGCUUGUGAGUUUGUGAUGAUUCAGAUAAUUUUUCUCUUGCCUUAGCAAUGCAUUAGAGGAAAUGAGAAAUUGGCAGUUGUUGGCAUCAUAGUGUCUAGCUGGAUAACCUAUCAUGGCUUGGCACUUAAUGUCACAACAGAUUGGUCUUCCUUCAAAAGAAUCAUCCCAUGUGGAAUUCGAGACCGUCAAGUAGGAAGCAUUAAGGAGUUUGUGAGAAAGGGUGUUGGUCAUGAAAGAACUGAUUUGCAUCAUUUGAAUGAUGCUAGUCUUAUUCAUAUUACACAUAAAUCCUUGCUUGAAUAAUUCUCACAAGCAUUUCAACUUGAAUACAGUUAAAAAAGUGUUUCUUCCACCAUGUUGUAUGAAAGGAAAUGAAGCUCUCUUACCAAAUAA